AUACGAUUGAAUGCCAUUGAACAGUUCAUAAGUAUUCGUGCUCCUGAGCAGUCGUGUAUUUAGUGUGUCUCUUGUCACUAGGUAUUCCGUUUAGAAAAAAAUCUUCUGUUAUAGUAAAUUUGAUGUUGUUUGCGCCUUCGAAAUAUUAAUUCUGUCAGAUAUUGAAUUGUGCUUCCUCGAUUUGUAGGCUGUAACUGUUCGAAACCAUCAGGAUAUCAAUCAAUUUCCUAAAAACCUAAAAGACCUCCUAUGUGGACAACAAAUAUACGUUCAAUUAAAUUCAUAUAUUUAUUUUAAAUUCUUUGUAAUGACAGUUGAUUUAUUUAGGAUUUAUUAAUAAAGUUUGUACUUAAGCUGUUUUAUUUAUUUGGCCAACGUUUUUAUUGAACUUUUUUUUGAAGAUUUGCGCCAAACUUUUUCAAGUGCGAUGUUCAUUGUUGUGCGUUAAAUGUUCAUUUUCACACUCUUCCCAUUCGCAUAUUAUGUCGUCGAUUUAUGUGAUGUGUGUUCCGUUUGAAAAAUAAACAGUUGUUGUGUUAAGCAUUAACGGUAAUUAUUGCUUAUUUUUCGGAAUAAUAAAUUGUGAGAAAAAAGAGAAGAAAAAGUCUUUUUAUCUUUUUGGUGCCCCAAAACAACAUCCCCAUAUUUUUUAAUACAAGAAUAAACAAAUUCAAUUGAUCAGACGAGAGCCAUUAGUAUUCCUUCACAUGAUUUCUUUAAAUCCUGCAUUGGUUUAACCGGAAAUCCCAUUCUUAAGAGAGAAAAAAAUCUCCAUAAAUGGUUCUAAAGGAUAUGCACGUACGUGAAAACCUUGCCAUGGACAAUCGUAAUACAACAUUUACUACGCGACGUGGGUGCAUGCUUUCAUUUACAACCCUUAUCCUUAUUGGAGCCUUUUUCAUAUGCACUCUAGUAGCGGUUAGUUUUAUUAUCUACAACUUCGCUUCCUGUGCUCACUUGGUCCAAGAUAGCGAUGAUAUAGUGUGCACACCACAUAAACCACACUUGCAACCGGGCCAAGAAAGAACCUCGGACCAUGAUGAUGAUGAUGAUGCGACUGAAGAAAAGGUCUUGGAUAAAGAUGUUAGAUUGCCUAGGUCCGUUGUCCCGGAGAAGUAUAACAUUUCAUUGAUCCCUCAUCUUUCCAACAAUACGUUCAAAUUUGAGGGUGAAGUGCAAAUUAUUGUACGGGUGGUGGAAGAUUGUCAGAAUAUUACCAUGCAUGUGACAGAACUUAGAAUAGCCCAGGAGGAUGUUUCUGUGCGAAAAUUGAAUGACAAUGGCGGAAUGCUAGGGGCAGGCAGAGGAAGUGUUGAUAGUCUCCGGAUACGGAAGCAAUAUUUUGUCGAAGCCAAGCAGUUCUUUGUCAUUGAGUUUUAUGAGAAAUUACAAAAGGAUACUCAUUACGAGAUACGGAUCAAGUUCUAUGGCGACAUACUGGACUAUUUGCAAGGAUUCUAUCGCAGCUCGCAUCAAGUGGGCAACGAAACAAGGUGGCUUGCCUCGACUCAAUUUCAGCCAACAGAUGCCCGAAGAGCGUUUCCUUGUUUUGAUGAACCAGCACUUAAGGCUACGUUCACGUUAAAUAUUGCGCGCCCAAUGAAUCUAUCAUCAAUAUCGAAUAUGCCGAAGAAAGAGGGACCAUUGAGGAAAGUGGAUGAUCUUCCAGGAUAUGUUUGGGACAACUACAUGGAGUCUCUUCCAAUGUCAACAUACUUAGUGGCAUACACUGUCUCAGAUUUUGCAAAUCUUACCAAAGGAAGUUUUUCAGUAUGGGCACGUCCCGAUGCCAUUCAAUCUGCUCAAUAUGCUUUAAUUGUUGGACCAAAAAUCUUGAAAUUCCUUGAACAAUACUUUGACAUUCCAUAUCCAUUGCCAAAAGUCGAUAUGAUAGCAUUGCCAGAUUUCCAUGCUGGUGCCAUGGAAAAUUGGGGAUUGAUAACUUUUAGAGAAAUUGCAAUGCUUUAUGAAGAAGGAGUUUCUCCAACAACCAAUAAACAACGCAUUGCAUCUGUUGUUGGUCAUGAGCUGGCCCAUCAGUGGUUUGGAAAUCUAGUUACACCAACAUGGUGGACUGAUAUUUGGUUGAAUGAAGGUUUUGCCAGUUACAUGGAAUAUCUAACUGUUGAUGCUAUUGAACCCCAAUGGCGCACAAUGGAUCAAUUUGUUGUAACUGAAUUACAAAAUGUCUUCCAUUUGGAUGCAUUUUCAUCUUCGCAUAAGAUUUCCAUUGAAGUUGCUAAUCCUGAUGAGAUAAAUGAAAUUUUUGAUAAAAUUUCUUACGCUAAAGGAGCUACAAUCAUAAGAAUGAUGAGCCAUUUCUUGACAUCCAAAGUCUUCCGAUCUGGAUUGACAAAAUAUCUUCGAGAAAUGGCAUACAGUGCUGCUGAGCAGGAUGAUCUUUGGCGCUUCCUCACCAACGAGGCUAAAGAAAAUGGUCUGCUAAGUAAUUCAACUUCUGUAAAAGAAAUCAUGGACACUUGGACCUUACAAAUGGGAUUCCCAGUUCUAAUUGUAAGAAAGAAACCAAAUUCUUUUGUCAUGCAAUUGGAACAGAAGAAAUUUGUCUACGUUAAUGAGAGCACUUCGGAAGAAGCUAACUCUUUGUGGUGGAUUCCAAUUACUUAUACAACAUCCAAAGAAUUGAACUUUGAAAAUACACGACCUAUUACUUGGGUUCCAAAAACAAGGGACUUUGCAAUCAAUAGCAAAAACCUUUCUACUGCUGAUUGGUACAUAUUUAAUAUUCAGCAAACUGGCUACUAUCGAGUCAAUUAUGAUGCAGAAAACUGGGCAGCGAUAACAAAGCAUUUAUUGCAACCAUCUAAGUUUAAAGAAAUUGCUCCUUCAAAUAGGGCUCAACUGAUUGAUGAUGCAAUGAAUCUAGCUAGAGCUGGACUCAUAAGCUAUGACGUUGCAUUAAAUCUAACAACAUAUCUGGCACAUGAAGAAGACCAUGUUCCUUGGAAGGCGGCUAUUGUGGCGUUUAACUUUAUUGAUUCAAUGUUUGUCAAGGAAGGCGAUUAUCAUCUUUUAAAGACGUAUUUAUUGAAGCUGCUCAAUAAAGUCUAUGAUCAGGUGGGAUUUACAGAUGAAGCUGAUGAGACAGAUAUGCUUAUGCUGUGGAAGCGUAAUGAGAUCCUGAAUAUGGCUUGUCAUUUGGGACAUCAAAAGUGUAUAACUGAUUGUAGCAGGCAUUUUCAAAAUUGGAUCCAAGAUCCAAAUCCAGAUUUGAAUAAUCCAAUCUCACCGAAUCUUCGAAACAUUGUCUAUUGCACAGCAAUACAAUAUGGAACUGAAGCUGAAUGGAAUUUCGCAUUCGAUCGUUAUAUGAAUUCAAAGGUGUCUAGUGAACAAGAAGUCCUUUUGAGUGCUUUAGGUUGUUCCAAAGAACCAUGGAUUCUUUCCCGAUACCUUAGAAGGGCGAUUUCUGGAGAUGGUAUACGAAAACAGGACGUGUAUCGAGUAUUUGCUGCAGUUUCUCACAAUGUUGUGGGACAACAGAUCGCUUUUGAUUAUAUUCGUAAUCAUUGGGAUAAAAUCAUAACAUACCUCGGAAAAUCAAUGUCCAAUCUGAACAUGAUCAUCAAGUUCCCAACAAAACUCAUGAAUACCAGAUUCCUAUUGGCGGAUUUGAAGAGUUUUGUGAAAAAUGAUCUUAAGGAAGCUGGUCGUACUGUACAGCAAGCUGUUGAGCAGGUCCAAAUAAAUGUCGAUUGGAUGGAUCGCAAUUACAAUACAAUUGUUGAAUGGUUAAAACAACAAGAGAUUAACAAAAGUUAAAGUAAAAUGCCAGAGAAAAAUUAAAGAAAAAACAAAGACUGGUUUGAAACGACCUUUGUUUGAAGAUUCCUUUUGUUAAAAACUAAAAAUAUAUUAUUAAUAAAUUAAUUUAUGUAUAAAAAAAAAUAAAAAAUCGUUAAAUGUAAGAUAUAAAUGUAAAAGGGCCAAAAUACCAAAACAUGCCAAUAUGUUUAUUUUAAUUAUAAUUUUUACCAUCAAAUUAUUUUUUUAUAACACAAAACUUUAUAUUUAAUUUAAUUUUUUUAUAAUUAUUAUUUUUAUGUAAUAGGUUAUAUACCAAAAAAAAAAAAUAAAUGUUUUACUCCGUCUAUUGUAAAUAUUAAAUAAUUAUGUACUACACAUACGUUUUAAGUAAUGAUGUUUAUAUAUUAUAUACAACUAAAACACAAAAACAAAAACAAUAUUUUAGAUGUUAAAAAUUAGAUUUUAAGGAAUUUACACUCCGAUUUUAGUCAGCACAAAAUGCCAGAUGCCAGGAACAUGCAUUUGAAAAUGUUUUAUUUCUUAAUUCAUUGUAUGUUAACAUUAUAAGUAUUACAUUAAGCAUUUAAUUGUAUAUGAAUUAAAGAAAAUUGUGUACUUAAAAGGAAAUAAACAUAAAUGAAAACUAUCAAA